CGGAGGCAGAGACAGUCUAAAAACAAAAAGCAUACACAAAACAACUCAUCAAAACGACCAAAUUUCACCGGGCUUACGGCGAAGGGAAUUACACCUCCGGUAAUGUCAUUGCCACAACUUACCCAAGAUCAAGAACUCUCCAUCAUGGUCUCUGCUCUGAAAAAUGUUGUCUCCGGCGACGCCACCAGUAGCACAACGGUGGCUUCAGAUUUCUCACAGGUUCGUCAAUUCCCCUCCAAUGGUUAUGGUUAUAGUUCUAGUUACUCCUCUGCCGCUGUUACUGGUGCAGUUGCUACCACCACCACUAGUUUUUAUAACGCAUCAGAUCUUGACACGUGUAGCAUAUGCAAAAUCAACGGAUGUUUAGGAUGCAACUUCUUCCCGCCAAAUCAAGAGGAAAAAAAGGGGAGAAGAAAAAGAAUAAAGAAAAAUUACAGAGGAGUAAGGCAGAGGCCGUGGGGAAAAUGGGCGGCGGAGAUAAGAGACCCACGGCGAGCGACAAGGGUGUGGCUAGGGACUUUUAACACGGCGGUGUAGGCUGCUAGAGCCUAUGAUAAGGCCGCGAUAGAUUUUCGAGGGCCGAGAGCGAAGCUGAAUUUUCCAUUUCCAGAUAAUACAGACAGUAAUGGUUCAAAAUUAGGAGAGCAAAUUAUUCCUCAAGAACAAGAACAGAAAGAAAAUAGGAAAGGAAAGGAAUUUGAAGUGGAAAUGGAAAAUCGAAACGAUUUUGAAUUCUGGGAAGGAGUUGGUAAAGAUGAAAUUGAACAAUGGAUGAUGAAUUUUAAUAGGGAUUCAUCAGAUUCUUCUGCUACUAUUAUUUUGUAAUUUUCUUUUCAUAUUUAUGGUUCUCUCAUUCUUUUUUCAAGAAAGAAUCAUUAAGUAAGGGUUUUAGGAUUUACUUGUACAAUUGUUAAACUUUUUUUUUUUUCUUAAAAAAAAAAAGAAAAUUCUUCUAA